GGGUUUCCCGUGUCCGCGUCCACGUGCGUGUCCGCGAGGCGCCGGCAGCCUCCUGGCCCCCGCGCAGGCGCCCGGCUUGGGUUGGCUCGGAAGGGGUACCGCCAAGUCUGGAGCCGGCGUAGGCUGCCUACAACGCCUCAGUUUACCGCUUUGCCGCUUUUCUGCGGGCGGCUGCCCAACUGCAGCGAGGGAUGGGGGCGGGAGCCGGCUGUGCCAAAGGCCGGUCGAGCCUCGCUGGAAAGCUAGCCGGGGGCCGUAGGGAGGCGGCUCCGUGCGGAGGAGCCGCGGCCCAGGAGGUGCGCCGGUGGGGCGCGUUGGGGCCGGGAGGUCGCUGCAAGAUAGUCCAUAGCCGGGGCCUGAGGCCGGCCGCUGUACCACUCCUACGGGAAUGAGCGCUUCGGCCCUUCUGGCAGCUGUGCCCUCCCAGCCGGAGGGGCCAAGGACCCAAGCCCCGCCCUCCAAGCACGCGUCCUGCUGGUGGGGGGUUGGGGGGGGCGGUGGAGGGAGCCCUUUAAGAACACCUGAGUGACUCACGGAGGAGGGGCGAGGGGGCUCAAAGAUCUCUGUGGGACACGUCAAAGUCUUUAAGGUUCUUCUUUGCACCCAUUCCACUCCCUCCUCCAACCAGGACACCCAGGCCCUUCCCUGGUGGGAGCUUCCCUUUCCAGGUGGAAGCCUCUCCUUCCAGACAGAGGGAUACACAAGCACUGCUGUCCACAACACAAGAAAUGGAGCUGAGGAGGCGAGACUACCAGGUGGAGCGGCCACUGCUGAACCAGAAACAGCUGGAGGAGCUGGGGCGCUGGAGCUCAGUGACUGGGACCCACCAGUGGCGAACCUGGUUGCAGUGCUCCCAUGCUCGGGCCCGAGCACUUCUGCUCCAAUACCUCCCUGUUUUGGCUUGGCUACCCCGGUAUCCUGUGCGUGACUGGCUCCUGGGUGACCUGUUGUCUGGCCUAAGUGUGGCCAUUAUGCAGCUACCACAGGGCCUAGCCUAUGCCCUCCUGGCUGGACUGCCCCCCGUGUUUGGCCUCUACAGCUCCUUCUACCCUGUCUUUAUCUACUUCCUGUUUGGCACUUCCCGGCACAUCUCUGUGGGCACUUUUGCUGUCAUGUCUGUGAUGGUGGGCAGUGUGACAGAAUCCCUGGCCCCAGAUGAGGACUUCCUUCAGGACUUGAACUCCACAGUCAAUGAGACGGCCAGAGAUGCUGCCCGGGUGCAGCUGGCCUCCGCACUCAGUGUCCUAGUUGGCCUUUUCCAGGUGGGGCUUGGCCUGGUCCACUUCGGCUUCGUGGUCACCUACCUGUCAGAACCUCUGGUCCGUGGCUAUACCACAGCUGCAUCUGUGCAGGUUUUCAUCUCGCAGCUCAAGUAUGUGUUUGGCCUCCAAUUGAGCAGCCGCUCUGGGCCACUGUCCAUCAUCUAUACACUGCUAGAAGUCUGCUGGAAGCUGCCCCAGAGCGUGGUUGGCACCAUGGUCACCGCACUUGUGGCAGGGGUAGUGCUUGUGGUGCUGAAGCUACUGAAUGACAAGCUGCAGCGACAUCUGCCCCUGCCGAUCCCCAGGGAACUGCUCACGCUCAUCGGGGCCACAGGCAUCUCCUACGGCGUGGGCCUGAAGCACAGAUUUGGAGUGGAUGUCGUGGGUGACAUCCCUGCAGGGCUGAUACCCCCAGUGGCCCCCAACUCCCAGCUGUUCGCAAAACUUGUGGGAAAUGCCUUCGCCAUCGCUGUGGUUGGGUUCGCCAUUGCCAUCUCGCUGGGGAAGAUCUUCGCACUGAGGCAUGGCUACAGGGUGGACAGCAACCAGGAGCUGGUGGCCCUUGGCCUCAGUAACCUUAUUGGGGGCGUCUUCCAGUGCUUCCCUGUGAGUUGCUCUAUGUCUCGGAGCCUGGUACAAGAGAGCACAGGGGGCAACACACAGGUAGCUGGAGCUGUCUCCUCCCUCUUCAUCCUCAUUAUCAUUGUCAAACUUGGGGAACUCUUCCAAGACCUGCCUAAGGCAGUCCUGGCAGCCGCCAUUAUCGUGAACUUGAAGGGCAUGUUGAUGCAGUUCACAGACAUAUGCUCCCUCUGGAAGGCAAAUCGAAUGGAUCUGCUCAUCUGGCUGGUGACCUUUGUGGCCACCAUCCUGCUGAACCUGGACCUUGGCCUAGCAGCUGCGGUGGCCUUCUCCCUGCUGCUUGUGGUGUUCCGUACGCAGCUGCCUCACUAUUCUAUCCUGGGGCAGGUGCCAGACACGGACAUUUACAGAGAUGUGGCAGAGUACUCAGAGGCCAGGGAGGUCCCAGGCGUGAAGGUCUUCCGCUCCUCAGCCACUGUGUACUUUGCCAACGCUGAACUCUACAGUGACACGUUGAAGCAGAAGUGUGGUGUAGACGUCGACCGCCUCAUCUCCCGGAAGAAGAAGCUGCUCAAGAAGAAGGAGCUAAAGCUGAAGCGACUGCUGAAGGAGGAGAAGCUCCAGAGACAGGCAGGGCCCCUUGAGCCGGCUGCUGCCUCCAAGGGCACUUCCGUUUCCAUCAAUGCCAACACCAGCAUCAGAGACAUCGAGAGCAACAACAUGGAGGGCUCCAAGGCCAAGCAGGUGAGCGCAGGGAAGGAACUAGAGGAUACAGCAGCCAGCGGUCAAGAAGAUGCCAAGGCCCCAGAUGGGUCCACACUGAAGGCCCUGGGCCUGCCUCAGCCGGAUUUCCACAGCCUUGUCCUGGACCUGGGUGCCCUCUCCUUCGUGGACACUGUGUGCCUCAAGAGCCUGAAGAAUAUUUUCCGUGACUUCCGGGAGAUCGAGGUGGAGGUGUACAUGGCCGCCUGCCACACCCCUGUGGUCACACAGCUUGAGGCUGGGCACUUCUUCGAUGCAUCUAUCACUAAGCAGCAUCUCUUUGCCUCUGUCCACGAUGCUGUCGUCUUUGCCCUCCAACACCCAAGGUCUGGUCCCGUCAGCCCUGUUUCGGUUACCCAACUCUGACCGUGCUGCCACCCUACCUGAGACUGCCUACCUCUGGAGAUUGUGACGUGGCACCCAUGAGAACCCCCUGACCCCUAGGCUGCCUCCAGCUGUCACCCAGGAGUACCCUCCGUAUACACAUACAUAACUCAGGGAUGGAGGUCCUGGGACUCCGCGUUCAGUGUGAUGGGGCACUGGAGUCGGCCAGCACUGGCCAGGUCAGGGGAGCAUGUGUGUUUGCAGCCUCAGGAAUAAAGAUUUGUUUGCCCAA